UCUUGAUUGCACUUUAGUGUCAACAAUUAGUGCAAUUAACGUCUUCACAAUGCCGUCAAUUUGAUUAAACCCACCGUUUGUAUUGUAAUCAAGGGAAAUCGACUUCCUUUAUAUGGUUUGAAGAAAACGACAAUCGUUUUGAUGCGCCAUUGUGGCGGCGGAGAUUAGCCAUGGACCGGCGGACCUGGGUUUUUGUUAUGGUGCUUGCUUUUUUAGCUAAUGGAUGUGAUGCUCUAACCAAAGCGCAAAUGAAAAAAUCUGCAGCAGCGUUCAAAAAGAAAUGCAUGGCCAAAGAAAAUGUAUCUGAAGAUAUGAUUGGAGACAUAGAAAAAGGAAAGUUCAUUGAAGACAAAGGAGUCAUGUGCUAUAUUGCGUGUAUUUACCAAAUGGCUAAUGUCGUUAAGAACAACAAAUUAAGUUAUGAAGCAUCUAUAAAACAGAUUGAUAUAAUGUACCCCGCAGAUUUAAAAGAACCUGCCAAAAAAUCGGUAGAAGCGUGUAAGGAUGUAUCGAAGAAAUACAAGGAUUUGUGCGAAGCCUCUUUCUGGACUGCAAAAUGUAUUUAUGAGGAUGACCCGAAAAACUUUAUAUUCGCUUAGAAUGAUUGUUUUUAAUAAAAACUUGAAUAUAA